AUGAACUCAGCAACUGGAUUCGGAUGUCCUGAGCGUUCCGAGAGGUUGAGGGGUCCAUCAGCUGGUGUGGCGAACUCUGAGGCGUCGUCAGAAAUCUCUGCUUCCAGCCCUUCCAAGGGGAAUGUUGUUUCGUUGGCAACAGUCUCCGAUCUUUCCUCGUACUCAUUCUAUCAGAAAGGAAGCGUGCAAGAGUUUAUGACUUUCUUCUCGAAGACUGUCGUCGAACGGACCCAGCAGGGCCAACGGCAGAGUGUUCAGGAGGGCUCGUAUACUUUCCAUGCUUACAAUAGGGGUGGUACCGAGCAGUUGGCUGCAACCAUCAUUGCGGACCAGGAAUACCCUGUUAGACCAGCGUUCUCAUUGCUCCAGAAAAUAUUGGAUGAAUUCGCCACCACUAUUCCGAAAACGGCAUACUCUAAUCCAUCAUCCAUUUCCUUUCCUCAGCUGCAGGCGUACCUUGAGAAAUAUCAGGACCCAAGACAAGCAGACUCUAUUUUGAGAGUUCAGCAAGAAUUGGAUGAGACAAAGAUUAUCCUGCACAAGACAAUCGAAUCCGUCCUGGAAAGAGGUACCAAACUUGACGACUUGGUCGAUCGAUCAAAUGCAUUGAGUGCAUCCAGCAAGGUUUUUUACAAGAAGGCAAAGCAGCAAAACUCAUGCUGCGUAAUAAUGUAAUUGAAUAAUACUGUCGUUUAGAGAGCUACGAGAGCAUUUGUUCCAAUAGUAUGCGUUGUAUGGACUACAGGUGAAACCUCCCGCAUCGCAAUACCCUAAUUAGGAUGGCAUACGAGUAUGCCAAACACCAUGUCCUUGUCCCUAGUGGGACGCGUGCUUCCUACAGGUAGUUGACGGAGCAUGGAAUAAUAUUGCGGUACUCACUAUAUGCGAGGUCAUCUGAGAUAUUUCGAAUGAAGAUGGCACUGCGGCCCAGGAAUCUUGGAUGCCUAGGGGCUAGCUGGAGGGAUGGUCAAGGAACCGACCGGAACGUAGAGGAAAGAGUGGCAGUAAUGUACAAAGCAAACUGAAAUGUGAGUGAUAAGAGACGGACUGGUGCGACGUCAUUGGCCACGUUUCGUUCAUUCCACCAUGAUGUUGUCUGUUUCCAU